AUGUCUCCACAAAACUACUUGUGGUGCAGAACAGCUGAGUUAAAAAGUAGUGUUGACACUGGAGCAGCAGUGGAAGAUCACAGGAGAACUCUUAUACAAGAGAAAACCUUUAAUCAAGGUGUCAUCGGAAAACUCUUUAUCUUAGACAUUUCAAGAAUUAAACCAAAAGAAAGUCAAGAUAGGUCUGAGAAUUAUCAUGAAGAAGGAGAGAUAGUUAAGCAAGAAGACAAGCUUAAUAGAACCGUUAGAAAGAGACUUAGAAUUGAUGUAAGAAAAAUCAAAUGGAAUAAAAAAUUUGAUUACGCUUUGAAAUUGGCAUCGUCCAGAGUAAUCCUCGAGUUAAAUGAACAAGUUUCAGACCAAAAUUCUAAACUAGAGCCAGAGCAUGCAAAAGAGGUUGAACUGAAUCAUGAUCUGAAACCAGCUGAAGAACUGUACAAAUGUGAUAUAUGUGAAAAUGAUUUUAAAAGUAGAAGAUACUUACAAGAACACAUGAUAACUUACACUGGUGAAAAACCUCAUAAGUGCAAUAUAUGUGAAAUGAAAUUUUCACAAAAGAGAAAUACUUCAAGACACAUGAGAACUCACACUGGUGAAAAACCUCAUAAAUGCAAUAUAUGUGAAAAGAAAUUCACAAAUAAGAGUGAUGUUUCAGUACACAUGAGAACUCACACUGGUGAAAAACCUGAUAAAUGCAAUAUAUGUGAAGAGAAAUUCACAAAUAAGAGUACUGUUUCAGUACACAUGAGAACACACACUGGUGAAAAACCUCAUAAAUGCAAUAUAUGUGAAAUGAAAUUUUCACAAAAGAGAAAUAUGUCAAGACACAUGAGAACUCACACUGGUGAAAAACCUCAUAAAUGCAAUAUAUGUGAAAAGAAAUUCUGACAUAAGAUUGAUGUUUCAAUACACAUGAGAACUCACACUGGUGACCAAUGUGAAGUGUUAUUUAAACGGGAGUCUAUUCUGACAGUUCAUAUGAGAUCCCAUCAUGUCGAAGAUUAUAAAGAUAAGAAUUCUAAAGCUGACUUUACAUUGCGUUCUAAACCUAAGUGUGAUGUAAACCUUGAAUCUCAGCCUGAUCAAGAAGUUCAGAAUCUGUUAAAGGAUCAUGAUAAUGAGGAGGAACAAGGGCAGAAUCUGUUAAAAGGAUCAUGCGCAAGAGGAGGAACAAGAGCAGAAUCUGUUAAAGUAUCAUGAGCAAGAGGAGGAACAAGAUCCGGAUCUGUUAAAGGAUCAUGAGCAAGAGGAGGAACAAAAUCCGGAUCUGUUAAAGGAUCAUGAGCAAGAGGAGGAACAAGAUACGGAUCUGAUAAAGGAUCAUGAGCAAGAGGAGGAACAAGAUCCAGAUCUGUUAAAGGAUCAUGAGCAAGAGGAGGAACAAGAUCCGGAUCUGCUCAGGGAUCAAGAGCAAAAAAAGGAGGAGGAGCAAGAUCAGGAUCUAUUUAAGGAUCAUGAUCAGGAAAUUUGACCUGAUUCAAACCCUGAACAACAAAAUGAAUUUGAUUUUUUGUGGACAGAAUUGAAGUACUGGAGUAAUAUCAAGGGAUGGAGUAGGUCUGGAACAGGACAGUUCUAGAAUACAAGAGGAGAAGAAGAGAAUCAACCCAAAAGAGACUCCAGACAGGUCAGAGGAUUGUAAUGAUGUAAUUGAGCAACAACAGGAUAUUACGAGACCAAAAUCAUUCCCUAGCAAACGUAUCAGAAUUAAUUUUAGAAAAGUUAAAUGGAAUCAGAAAUAUGAUAAUUAUUUAUCAAAACCAGUAUCAGAAUAUGAAGAAGAUCUUGAGAUUGAGGCUUUAUUGGAUUCAGAAUCUGAAACUGAAACUGAGUUGGAUCCAGAACCGAGAAAGAGUUCGCAGAAUAUACCCGAAGACUCGGAAAUUCUUAAAAAAAAAGAUUAUGCGAAAAAAUACUUCAUCAAUUAUAUCAAAAGACCUAGAAACAAACACAGUUUCAGUGCCUUAUAUAUGUUAUACAAGUGAAAACAAAUUUGGGCGGAAUAGAAGGAUGCAAACUUCAUCAAGUAAAAUGCCAUGUCUUAGAUGUGAGCACUUGUUUUUGAGGGCAAGUGAAUUGCUACAACGCAUGAAAAUACAUAUGUGAAUCUGAGCCUGAAACUGAAUCUGAGCCUGAAACUGAAUCUGAGCCUGAAACCGAAUCUGAGCCUGAAACUGAAUCUGAGCCUGAAACUGAAUCUGAGUCCAAAACUGAAUCUGAGAGUGAAUUUGAGCCUGUUAAUGAAUCUGAAUCUGAUUCUGAGAUUGAGAGUGAAUAUAAAACUAUCACUGAAUCACAUAUGGAAUCAGAAUAUAAAUCUAGGUCUGACCUUUUAACGGAAGAGGAAUCUGAACCAAAUCUAAAUGAUCCUGCAGGAGUUGGAACAAAUAGUUUUACAAGAUCAUUAUGAGGAGGAGGAGAAUCAAGACCAAAAAUUAUUAUCAUAUCAUGAACAAGCUGAAAAACAAGAGCAGGAACUGCCAGAGAAUGUAGAGCAGGAGGAGGAACAAGAACAGGAGCAAUCCCAGGAUGAAGAGCAGGAGGGGCAUGAUGUUGAACUCUUACUGUAUUACCUGGAAUAAGGUCAGCUAAACCUUGAUCCUGAGACUAAAUUCCAAAGAGAAACUUUAAGACACACUUUAAGAGAACACAUAAAAACUUGCAAGAAGCCCUCCUUUUACUGUAGUAUAUGUGACAAAACGUUUCCAGAUAGCUCGACACAUGAAAAAUGCUCAGCAGCAGAGGAUGAAGAGAAAAGCUUGCCCUGAUCCUGAACCUAAAGGUAUGAUUGAACAAGAAUUCACUCGUAAAAGGAAAAAGGUUGAUCUUGAUGAUGGUGUUGAAAAUUAUGCUGAGGUGGAACAUGAUAAGGAACUUGAAAUGGAAGAUCUUCAUGUGGAUUCCUAACUUGUAAAGAGUCAUGCAGCAGAAAAGGAUUUUGGAAUGGUGAUAAAUGAUACAGAGGUAAAUAAUUCUGAGAUGGGAAGUGAAAAUGUUUUGUUAAUUGACCAGAAGCUUCAAAUUGAAAGUGAUCAUGAAAGCGAUCCUGAACUUGUGAAGGGUUAUGAAAUGGUGAUCAACAAUAAAGGGGCAAAUAAUCCUGAGAUGGAAAGUGAGAAUAAUUUUUCAAAUGACCAGGAGCUUCAAAUUGAAGGUGUUAAUGACAGCCACCAGGAAAUAGAAAUGGAACGUGAUCACGAACUUGUAAAUGAUCAUGCAACAGGAAAUGAUCCUGGAAUGGUGAUCAAUAAUUAUGGGGUAAAUGAUCCUGAUAUGGGAAAUGAAAAUGAUUCGUCAAUUGACCAGGAGCCUUUAAUUGAAGGUGAUCAUGAAAACGAUCAUGAACUUGUAGAGGGUCAUUUUGAUCCUGAAAUGAACGGGAAUAAUUUUGAACCCUGCCCAUGGUACAUUGAUUGAAGCAGAAGAACACUUUAAACUUAAAUUCUGAGGUGAACGAAGAUACUACUAACGAUAAUCAUCUUUUAUUGGAAAACAAAAGUGGAGAGGAAAAUGAGUUUUAUUCUAAAAUCAUUCUUACUCCGGAAAAUCAUCUUAACCUUUCCGAUCUAGAUUUUGAUUAUGCAAGAAUGUAAAUUAGCAGCAAGAAAAGAAUCCAGAACAUUGAAGAAAUCUUCAGAAAAAAAGAUCCAGAAGAAGGAAGUCAUUAAAAAAAAUAAUGCACAAGAAAUAUCAAAUUAUUUUGAAGAAAAAGAAAAUUAUAUCUGUUAAUUCUUCUAAUUCCGAAAUAACAGUGCAUCAUAAACUUAAAAUUGGGAGUUAAGGAAUUAGUUUUUAAAAAUUCAAAUAAAAGAAAUAAAAGAAA